AUGGCUAGCCGCAACGAACGCUCACCAUCUCCUGCAGGCAGUACUCACUCCUCGUCGCGUGGCAGUCGCAGGGACCGUGACGACAGCCGCCCCGAGAGAGGUCGACGGGACGAUGAGCGUCGUAUCCGCUUCAGACCCAACCCGCAGGUGAGUCGAAUUCCUGCUUGGAGCUCCGCCUGGUCAGAGCACUUGCUCGAGCAUGGCGGAGCAGUCGGCAUGGAAGCGUUUAAAGCUAACUUUGAGUCGACUCAGCGGGAUCGCUACGGCCGUCGCGAUGACAAUCACUAUGUCCCUGGAGACCGAUCCAGAUACAGACAGCCAUCCCGAGAUCGCCGCCGAGCCGAUGACCGCGAAAGAAAUUACCACAGGCGAGAUGAUUCGCGCGACCGCGACCGCGCGCGUGAUCGGGACCGUGACCGCGAGCGUGAGCGCAGACGCCGUGAAGACUCCGCUGAUCUGAGGCACAAGUCUCGGCGUGAGGAUAGCCGCGACCGCGACCGAAGCUAUCGACGCCGAUCCCGAACCCGCUCUCCAGUGCCGUCGAAGUCAUCUACCCCUGCACCACACGAAACCGACGAACAGAAGAAGGUCAACCGGCUCGCCAAGUUGGAAGCCUGGAAGGCCAAACAAAGCGAACAGCUCGCAAAGAAGCAGGAAGGAGAAGUAGGCUCUCAGAAGAUUCUUGAAGCGAUUGACCGCAAGUCCGGUCUGUCUCCAGCCGUUGGUUCACCCUCAACUCCCGUGACCCCUGCCGACCUAUCGGCAUCUACUGGUUAUGCAGGAAAGUUCGACCCGAAGGCUGUUGCCCGGAAUGCAACGGCCGCAAACGCCACAACGGGCUCGCCCGCUGUCCUCGGCAUGGAUGUUACGGUCCCUGAAUCAGCCAGGGCUCCGACAAUGCCUACGCGCACUGCGCAAGAAACCGAGUCUCUCAAGCCCCAAGGCAGCGUGGGUGGGUUUGCGUUGGGGGCCAAGCAACCUUCUGAGAAAGAGAAACCAUCUGAAAACCGCGACCUGGGAUUUGAUGAAGAGGAAUCCACCCACAAGAGGCUGAAGGAGCUGCCCAGCCUUGCGCUCGAUGAUGGUAACGAUUAUUUCGACAAUGAUGACGGAGCGGAAGAUGGCGAAUUCGACAACCAAGAGUUCAACGAAGAGAAAGCGCGGGCUGCGGCAGAACAACGGCGACAGCAGCUUCUCAAGGACCAAACCAACGAAGAUGUCGCCAUAGCAGACGCACCAGCUCAGCCCUCUGGAUCUACAGCGAUGGAAAUUGACACAAACGCGGAAGAGGAGGAUUUGGAUCCUUUGGAUGCUUACAUGGCAGAGCUGAACCAGCAGCUUGAUACUCCUGGCUCAACCGAGUCUUUUGGUCAUUCUGUUCCAACCAAGAAGGACAAAGAGGCGGGAGAAAACCAACCAGAGGCCUUCUUUGGAGAUGACGAUGGCGUGGACAUGACUGCGGUUGGCAACGAGGAUGCUGACGAUGUCUUGGCUAUGGCCAAAAAGAAAAAGAAGAAGGAUGUUCCAAAGGUCGAUCACGCAAAGGUUGAUUACGAAUCUUUCCGCAAGGAAUUCUACCAAGAGUCUGAUGAACUGAAGGAGAUGAGCGAGGAAGAAGUAGCCAAUUUGCGUCAAGAAAUGGAUGGUAUCAAAGUUCGCGGCCGUGACGUCCCUAAGCCGGUUCAGAUGUGGGCUCAGUGUGGACUGGAUCACACCACUACGCAGGUCAUCAAUAACCUUGGCUAUGAGAACCUCACUUCCAUUCAAUCUCAGGCAAUUCCGGCUAUCAUGUCCGGUCGCGAUGUGAUUGGUGUCGCCAAGACAGGCUCUGGAAAGACAAUGGCCUUCUUGAUCCCCAUGUUCCGACAUAUCAGAGAUCAAAGGCCUCUCCGAACUAUGGAAGGUCCUAUCGGCUUGAUUAUGACACCCACCCGUGAACUCGCUUCGCAGAUCCACAAGGACUGCAAGCCUUUCCUGAAGGCCUUCGGCUUGCGAGCCGUCUGUGCGUACGGUGGUGCCCCGAUCAGAGAUCAUAUCGCCGAACUGAAACGAGGCGCCGAAAUUAUUGUUUGCACUCCAGGGCGAAUGAUCGACCUUCUCGCAGCCAAUGCCGGCCGGGUUACUAACCUGGCACGUGUCACAUAUUGCGUCCUUGACGAAGCAGAUCGCAUGUUUGACAUGGGUUUUGAACCACAGGUCAUGAAGAUCAUGGCAAAUAUUCGACCGGAUCGCCAGCUAGUACUUUUCUCCGCCACCUUCCCUACCGCCAUGGAGGCGCUGGCCAGGAAGACGCUCAAUAAGCCUGUCGAAAUUAUUGUCGGUGGACGAAGCGUCAUCACCCAAAUCGUCGAAAUUCGCAAUGAAGAUCAGAAGUUCAUUCGUGUGCUUGAAUUGCUGGGCAGGCUGUACGCCAGUGAUCAAAACGAAGACGCUAGAUCACUCAUCUUUGUUGAGCGUCAAGAAUCCGCUGAUAACCUGCUGUCCGAGCUGAUGCGGAAGGGCUACCCCUGCGGAUCUAUUCACGGUGGCAAAAACCAGGAGGAUCGUAGCGACACCAUCAGUGCCUUCAAGGGUGGUGUCUUCCCUGUGAUGAUCGCCACCUCCGUUGCAGCCCGUGGUCUUGACGUGAAACAACUUAAACUGGUGAUCAACUAUGAUGUCCCUAAUCACCUUGAGGACUACGUCCACCGUGCUGGUCGUACCGGACGUGCUGGAAACACUGGAAUCGCUGUCACAUUUCUGACCGAUACCCAGGAGCGCUUCGCUGUCGACGUUGUUAAGGCACUCCAGCAGAGUAAUCAGGAAGUUCCCAAGCCUAUUAUGAGCAUGGCUGAAUCUUUCCUCAAAAAGAUCAAAGACGGAAAAGAAAAGUCGAGCCAUGGCUUCGGUGGUAAGGGACUGGAGCGCCUCGAUCAAGAGCGCGAGAAUGCUCGCAAGCGUGAACGCCGCGCCUUCAAGACUGGCGACGAAGAAGACGAAGAAGACGAAGAAGGAAAGGAAGACACAGCCGACAAGGGCGAGGAUCGCUUCGCCAAAGCCCUUUCUUCCGUGCAAUCUGCCACUACUUCAACCCCGACCCAGAUUCCCGGCGUACCGAAGGGUAUCGACCUCGACGGCCAUAUUACUGUUCACAAGACCGAGAGAGAGCCUCCUGGCUCCAAGAAUACUCUCGACAAAGUGGGAUCUGCUGUGGCGGAUAUCAAUGCCCGCCUCAGCAAGGCUGGUGUUAUGAGAUCCGGUGUGCCCAUUGACAAUCGUGGUCCCGAUGCAGGCCAGUUCCAUGCCACUCUUGAAAUCAACGACUUUCCCCAGAAAGCUCGUUGGGCCGUUACCAACCGCACGAAUGUCGCCAAGAUCCUGGAAGCAACCGGAACCUCUAUCACGACCAAAGGCAACUUUUAUCCUCCCGGCAAAGAACCCGGUCCGAAUGAACUGCCGAAGCUGUACAUCCUGGUGGAGGGAGAGACCGAGAUUUCCGUUACGAAUGCGAUGCGUGAGCUGAUGCGUCUGCUGAAGGAUGGCACCAUGGCGGCGGCUGAUAGUGAUGCCCGUGCUCCGGCUAGUGGCCGCUACAACGUCGUCUAG